AUGGGCUCAUAUUACAACAUUGAUGCUAUCUUGACAGAUGCUCAGAAAGUGCCUUGCACAUUCGAACUCUCAGUUCCCAACAUGGGAUACUUGCAGGGCAACCCAGGAGAAGAUGGCUCCAAGGUAGAACUGCCACUCUGGCUAGCCGAAAUGCUGGCCGUGAGCAAUCCGUCGGGAAACUCAUCACUAGCAACACUGGACCUACCUCAAGCACUGUCUCAACGUGUAAUGAACGCCCUCAAAGCAGAUCCAAAGACGGUAGAUCUUCGAGCUCAAGCACAACAUUUCUACAACAUCGGUGCCCGCAUGCUAGAAUUAUUCGAGGAAGAAGAGAUGGUCGAUGUCUUGACAGACCUUGACACAGGCAGAACAGCGGUGAGGUCUAGGAUGAUCUACACCCUCCAUGCCAUGCAGCACUCCAGAGUACUUGGCACCAUGCACGGCGACUGUGUCGCGACGGAGCAAGACAUGUCGAGAGGUGAGAGCGGUCAUCAGAAGGCCGUGAAGCAGAGAAGUGGGCCGAGCGACAGAGACCAAGGAACACCGAUACCGUAG